UCUCUCUUUCUCUCUCUCUCCCUCUCUCUCCUUCUCUCCCUCUCUCUAUCCAUCUAUCGUUUCAUUUCCCCAUCUUUUAUUUUCUUUUUUCCUUCUUUCCUUCUUUUCCUUUCUCUUUUUCUCACCCCCAUUCCCAAUUUCCUUUUGCUACGAUUCCCGUUUUCUCAUCUCGUUGCAUCGCGUUCUCUUCCGGGGUUCAUCUCGCCGACGGAUCGAACGAGUAAUGGACUUUUUCUGAAAGAAAGGCGUGUACCGAACAUCCACGGCUACCGUCACGUUGGGGGGGAGGGUGUGGAGAGAACAGGACACGAGGAUGGGUGUCUAUGUGAUUGGGAUAGUCGGCGUUAUCGUGUUUUACGUGGCUGUACUCGGCGUUGGUAUUUGGGCUGCGUUUGUAAAGAGAAAGAAAAGUCAACAGCAGCAUGGCCAAAACGACAUGAUAUUGGCGAAUCGUCGAUUAGGACCAUUGCUUGGUGUCUUCACGCUCGUAGCCACGUGGGUAGGUGGUGCAUACGUGAACGGAACUGCUGAAGUCAUGUACACGAAGGGUUUACUUUGGUGUCAGCCACCGAUUGGUUACAGUCUGAGUCUUCUCUUUGGCGCUAUACUAUUUGUGAGACCAAUGAGGAAAGCCGAGUACGUGACGAUGUUGGAUCCUUUUCAAGAACGAUAUGGUGCCGGAGUUGGUGGACUACUCUUCAUUCCGGCACUAUUUGGUGAUUUGUUCUGGUGCGGAACGGUAUUGAAGGCUUUAGGAAGUUCGUUGGUCGUCAUUGCUGACGUUGAUCCACACUUGAGCAUUUGUGCAUCGGCAUUGUUAGCAGCCAUAUACACCGUUUUCGGCGGACUCUAUUCCGUAGCAUGUACAGACGCUCUUCAAUUGAUCUGCAUAGUUCUAGGACUGGCUAUCACAGCACCGUUUUCUAUCUUCCAUCCAGCUACAUCGUUUGAAAAGAAUUUAUCGUCCAGGGAGUGGCUCGGCGAAAUUAAAAACGAGGAUCUAGCGACGUGGAUCGAUGGCAUGCUUUUACUCGUAUUCGGUGGAAUACCGUGGCAGGGAUACUUUCAACGAAUAUUGAGCUUUCGAAGCACGACCGUUGCAACAACACUAUCGGUAGCCUCAAUGUUCUUCUGUAUAAUGCUCGCUGUACCUUGCGCUUUGAUCGGUGUUGUGGCACGAGCAACGGACUGGACGAUGAUCGAGGGUCCGAACAAGACUCUGUCUUUCGAUGCUAAUGCUGCAUUACCUCUUGUGUUGAGGUACUUGACUCCACCAUGGGUUUCUUUCAUAGGUCUUGGAGCGAUCUCAGCCGCAAUAAUGUCUUCGGCAGACUCCAGCAUACUCGCUAGCAGUACUAUGUUUUCAAGGAAUAUUUAUAGACUCACACUUAGGCCAAAGGCAUCCGAAAGAGAAUUAAAUUGGAUAUUACGCAUUUCGGUGUUAAUGGUCUCCGUUCUCUCGACUAUUUUCGCCCUGAAAGUGGACAGCAUUUAUUAUCUUUCGUAUCUCUCAUCCGAUCUUGUGUACGUCGUACUCUUCCCUCAGUUAUUGGCGAUCAUCUAUUGGCCUUCGUUGGUCGAUACUUAUGGAUGCCUCGCGGGAUACUUUGUUGCUGUGGUACUACGUGUCGGUGGAGGAGAAGAGGGUUUGGGUAUACCGGCACUGAUCGAGUACCCAUUUUACGACAAAGUGACCAGAACCCAGAGAUUUCCCUUCCGGACAGCCGCGAUGUUGUCGGCUCUCUUCGUGCAGAUCAUCGCUAGCUUCUUCACGCGAAAUCUUCUUGGAAAGGGAUAUUUCCCUCGUUGUUGCGACGUCCUUAGCGUUUACUCGCCUGGAAAGACGAAAGACCAAUCAGGGGUGAUACAGAGUAACUCGGGCGCAGCUCUAAUGGAUUCCUCUUCAGUAAACAAAUCUUUGUCGGGUAUAGAUGCAUGCGAUGGUGUCAGUGGUUGCAAUUAUGAACCCGACAGGUCUGGAGCUCUCAGUUUGAACGAGGAUCCACGUUCUGAGCAACGUUGUUCCGAAAAUAAUAUUGCUGUCAGUGAUUUCACAAACAAUGAAACGAUAAGGGGAAACACCGUUGCAUCUGUCAUACAAAGAACCAAUCAGACUAGUCAAAGUUUUCACGGCAUUCCAAGAAAUUCAACCCAACCAAUCUCAUUGACUGGUAGGCACGUACAAACGGCAACUAAUCAAUACGUCCCAAUACCGAUCAACGAGGCCAGUGCAACUUGUAGAGGUCAGAUUCUUGGAGUGCGCAAUCUUCGAGAUUCAUUAGGUCAAGUGCUUUUACCAGUCGACAACAAUAUUUCUUCGUCUGGUGGUAAUGACGUUGGAAAUAUCAAUGCGAUUCCUUCGAAUACGACAAUACCAGCAUCCAUGUCAAUUAUCUCACCUUAUAACAAAAUCUGCAAUGAGAACACAACGACGAACGAUAAAUUAUCGCGAGACUGUGAGAGAACUAUCGAUAGAAAUCCGGUGGAAUUUAAUUUAAACGCUCAGGACAGCAUGCUUACAAAUGUUUGUGGUAAGAAAAACGUUAAGGGUGUUAAGUUGGUCGGUAUGGAUGGUGGAACUUUGAGAAGACCGUCGUUACAAGGUACAUUUUCUCCAACACCAUCCGUGGAACUAGUCCACAUUCUGGAUAGACGACAAAGUAGUGGAUCUUAUGGUCCAGGGUCUUUAUCCCCAGUUCCAAUGGGCAUAGAAGCUUGUAAGACUCACGGUACUGCACCCGAAGGACACAGCGGGAACGAACAUUGCAGAAUAAAAAGAGGCAUCGUCAGGCAUCACAGCUUUAACGACACCGGAGACCGAGCUCUUACAACAUUGGCCAGACAACCGACUUAUCCUUCGAUGCCAUUACGAGCGGAGGACUGUCGUAUGACUUUAGUGAAGAAGGACAAAAGAACGGGUACGAUUGCUCGUCAUUCCUCCGUGACGAAUGAAAAGGAACUCGGUGGAUGUACGACCACCGGUGUCGUCAUCUGCAGCCCAAGUUACAGUAUGUACGGUUCAGCCGUUAAGAACUCCAAUUACUUUGUGACCGACGACGAAGCGGUCAGCAGAUUUUAGAAGAUAGGACGUCGAAGAGGGAAACUGAAGAGACUAAGAAUCGAUGACAAUCGUAGCUAUCUUCUCAUAGAUGAUAGGUCAGCUCCUUCGUAGCUCUAUAUCUCGGUCCCAAUUUUUCAUUAUUGAUUUGUUCAGAAAAUUUCUAUGAAAAUGUCAUAUCUAUCCUUCUUUUUUUAUAUACAUAGGUACACCCUAUACACACACUGUUUGUUCCAUUGUUCAUUAGGUCUACGUAGGUUAUAGAUGGAACAGAUAGCUCGGCGUUUAUAAUAUGAAUGACGAAGCUGACGACGAACAUUUUUUUCUAAACGACAUCAAGCGCACACGCAAAGGCAGGGUGGCUUGCGCCAGACAGCAGAGAAUACGUGACAUAAGCAUUUCUAUCUGACAAAUACGUAUAUAUAACGAGUAGUUCUAGGAU